AUGGCUCGAGGUCGUGGGGGAACUCGUGGGGUUGGUGGGCGGAGAGGCGCUGGGCGAGGUUCCGUAUUAAACACCAUCUCACCCACAAUUGCUUCCAAUAGAGCGAAUCCUAUGGACCUCAAUACGAAUCAUAACAACAUCACAACUCUUGUGCAAUCGCCACGGCUUACCUCAUCCAAUUCCCCACCCGUUUUAGCCGAGGUUCCGAAUCACCGCAUGAUCACGCGGUCCUUUCUCAAACGCGCCGCCGCCGCCGCGGCUGGGGACUCUUGUGAUAUAAAGGAAAGCGACGUGGGGAAUUCAACCUCGGAGAAGGCCUUGGAGCCCCCCAACGCCGCGAUGCUUGAGGGAACUCCUCCCAGACCGCCCCAUGUCGUCCUGGGGGGAGUUUUGCACUGCGUGUGCGAUGCCUUUUUAGUCUCCGCGAGCGAUCUUCUUUUGGAGUGUCGAAGUUGUCGAAAUUGGUGCCACGCCGCCUGCGUGGACGUCGACCACGCGGAGUUUCGCCUUCUUCAACGUCAGCGCCGUUUUAUCUGCCCCUAUUGCCGCGCGAGGGGAAGUGAAAAUUCCGAUGCGACGAGCACAAAUCCGUCCGCCUCGAAGGUUGGGGAAGAGUCAGAGGGGAGUUCGUCCUUGGUAUUUUCGUUUUCGUCCCCGGCGUUUCGUCGGCAGCCUCCCCCUCGGCAGGUUUCGCUCAAACUUCGAGAGGUGCCCGAUCGCAUCCCGGGCUCGCCUGCGCUCACGCGAAGGCUGCAAUGCCUCCUCAUAGCCCUCUACGACCUCACGCAGGACCUCGGCUACGACCUUCUCGACCUCCCGGCGAUGCGUCUAAGCGAGGGGGAAUACCAACAAAGUUUAGAAUGCUGCGCGGGGGCGAUCCGACAGGCCACGUUUUCCGAAAGCUACCCCGUUUAUUGUCUAAAAGAGGUUCGAAACGCCCUACAUCCGUACGUCCAGGCCACCCUCCUGCGAACGCGCCCCCCAUUGACGGCCUUCACCGACACCCCCACGCGGAUCGUCUCGAUGGUGAUUUCGAACGGGAUGGAUGGGUAUGGGAACCUGCGAUCGACGAUUACGCAGCUCAAAAGCUCGAUUAAUCGCGGCAUCGUCCAGCUCCACCGCCUGACGCCUUUUCAACUCCAGUGUUUGGCCAUCUCGGACGUUUCCGAUAUCGUGCACAUCGAAUUGAGCGCCACCCACGUCGAAUUUCAACGCCGAGGCCUGGCCAAGCUGUUGAUGGCGGUGGAUUUGCUCAAAUGGGCCCUCCGAGGACGUACACGAGUGUAUUUAAACAUGGCGAUUGAAAAGCAUCUCGUGGAGGAUAGUUCGAAGGUGGAAUUUGCCUCCUCACCGGCCUCACGAAGGCUUUAUGAGUUAUUUGGCUUUCUGGACGUCUUUCCUCGCUAUGAUGCGGAAACGGGAAAGGAGCGAUGGACGGCGAAGGAGGCGGAUAUGGGUCGGGUGAUGGCGAACUUGGAUUUCCUCCCCCACGCGAUAGCGGUGGCGGAAAACUUCCUGGAAGCACAUCGAAAGUCUCGAAAAGGAAAGAAGGAAAAUCAUGCACUGAACUUGAAUCCAAAAACUCCAGAAAAUGGGUUGGUUUUACGACUAAAAAGUUCACCCGGAAGUCAUUUGGAGGGGAAGAAAGAACCUUCUCUGCGAAAGAACGCAGUUGGACCGCUCAAAAGGCAACGUGCGAUUUCCUUGUCAUCAGAUCCGCCCAAAGGUUUGCCCUCUACUCAAAGAAAACUAUCCUUAUUCAAUCCAGAAUACUAA